GGAACUGCGUCAUUGCAUACCUCAUCCGUGAUAUUUUCCUGCACCACUCGUUACUUGUGGUCAGGAGAAAGAACAAGCACCAGUGACUUGCACAAGAUAAGCUGCGAGUCCAUGACCUUGCACCUUGUGUUGUGUGUGAGUAAACAAGCAAAAGUAACAGUGAAAACUUCCCAGUAGCUACAGUUUGGAAUCAAAAUGGCAGAGUCAACAAAGAGGUAUGCAGUUGUAACAGGAUCAAACAAAGGCAUUGGAUUUGCCAUAUGCAAGCUCUUGGCUUCCAAGGGGAUUGUGGUGGUAUUGACUGCAAGAGAUGAGAAGAGAGGACUGGAAGCUGUGGAGAAGCUCAAACUAGAGCCUGGCCUCUCUGACCAUGUCUUCUUCCACCAGCUUGAUGUCUCUGAUCCUGCCAGCGUUUCAUCUCUUGCGGACUUCGUUAAGUGCCAAUUUGGAAAGCUCGAUAUUCUGGUGAACAACGCUGCUAUAUUGGGAUGCAUUGUUGAUGCCGAUGCUUUAAGAGCAGCCGGCAUCGGAAAGGAGCAACUUAAGUGGAGUGAAAUCUCGACAACGACAUACGAGUUAACUGAAGAGUGCAUUAACAUCAACUAUUGCGGUGCCAAAAGGAUGGUUGAUGCAUUCAUUGGCCUCCUCCAACUAUCUGACUCGCCAAGGAUUGUUAAUGUUUCCUCUGGCGCCGGGAAGCUCGCGCUCUUCCCGGAUGGCUGGGCUAAGAACGUCUUCAGCGAUGCCAAAUGCCUCACGGAAGACAAGGUUGACGAGGUAUUGAAGGAGUUUCUAAAAGAUUUUAGGCAAGGUACUCUGGGGACCAAUGGCUGGCCAGCUUCUCAUUCUGCUUAUAUAGUUUCUAAAGCGGCGUUAAACGCUUACACGAGGAUUUUAGCAGCCAAGUACCCCAAGUUUUGUGCAAAUUGCGUCUGCCCUGGAUUCGUCAAGACGGAUAUAUUGCACCGGACCGGUUUCUUGACUCCGGAAGAAGGGGCGGAAGGUCCCGUGAGUCUGUCCUUGCUGCCCGAUGACGGCCCAUCUGGCCGAUUCUUUGAAGGGACGAAAGAAUCGUCCUUCGUCUCGUAUGAGGAUGAUUAUUAUCUUCCAAAUGGCGAAAAGUUUAUCCUUCCUAAUUUUAAUUGAAGAUGUUUCGUCUUCAAAUGAGGGAAUGUAGGCAUUUGCAAUACGUUGUCUUUGUAUUAAUUUCUGCUUUCAAAUAAAAAUCAUGCCUGAAAGUUCUAAUUGCUCAAAUAACUAUAAGAUUUGAGGUGCGCAAGUGUCAAAUCUAAGCAAGAGACAUG